UCGAUGAGUGAACUUCGUGCAGGACGUAUUGAUUUAACGUUGUGUGUGUGUAUCUGAAGGCAAUGUGUUUGUGGACUCGUUUCUACAAAAUAAAUAAACAAAAAUAAGCCAAAAAAACAGGGAAACAAAUAAAUUAUUGGAUUAAAAAAAAUCAUAUUUUAAAUAUGCUAUUUUUAACAUAAACAAGGAUGCAAUUUUAUGGAUAACAAUUCACUAUUUAACUAUGGAAAAAAAUCAAUAACUUAUCACCCUAUGUAGAUAAAGUAUUAUCAGUUAUUCAGAUUAACAAGAUUUAUAUGCCAUUAAGCUUGAAGAAUUUUAUAUGUCCAUCUGGCCAUUUCGUUUGGCCAUAAGUUAUAACUCAAUUUAUUUAUUGGAAUGUUAUUACAACAGUUGGAAAAUAUAUUUCGUGAACAUUAUGAUAUGGAGAUAAAAGUUGGUAGAAAUGAAAAUAGCAGAAAAUUUAAACGUGCAAAUACGACCGAAGCCAUACGUCUCACCAAGAAAAAUACAACGAAUAGUCGAGAAUUCACUUGGAAAAUUCAAGAUAAAACCAUUAAACUAAUGACAAAAAGAAGUAAAUGGACGGCAAAAUUACCAACCAAAUACAAGAAAAAAUUAAUUAAAGAAUGUUUAGAAAAAGAUCUUCGUGUGGUACUCAACAAAAUCGAAGAUUGUCCAAACAUUAAUGCAGUAUGGAUAUACGAUAAGAAUAUAGGAAAGUAUAGAUGGAUCGAUUAUGAACUUAUGAUUAGUGAGAAGGAAGAAAGUAUCAACACUAAAGACAAAACAAUAGCAAAAGAUUCAGACAAUGAAUUCAAUUUCAUCAUCAGUGAUAUUAGAGGUAACGCAUCAGAUAUUUUCGAAAAUUUUUCCUCUGAUGCAGAAACUGAAAUCAUGCCAAGUUGUGAUGAAUUAGCAGAAAUGGAAAAUGAUCUGUUCGAAAUUAAUGAGAAAUAUAAACCUGUUUAUAAUAAUGAUAUUAGCUCACGAGUUGACGAGUCUAUUACAAUUGAAGAAGAAAACGAAGAAGAAGCAAUAGACGAAGACCGUAUUGUUACUGAUACUGAUGCAAAUUACUCUGAAGGAAACUGCACCACUGAAAAUGAUCAAGAUAAAGAAUGGGAUAACCUUCUGAGCGAUAAAUUACAAACAGAUUCAGAAGAACCUUCAAAAAGCGAAAAAAAUAAGAAGCCGAGAAAAUCAGAAAAUUCACAACGUAAAAGUAAAAAUAGAGAGACGAACAAUAAGACAAGAAAAAAGAGAAAGAAUCAAACACGGAAGAACUUAUCCUUGAAAAAUCCGGUUUCCAGAAAUAUUAAAUCGAAUAAAGUAAAAACAGAUAAUGAUAAAUGCCAUUACUUGUACGUGAAAAACAGAAAGAGGAAGCAUUCCAAACUUUUUAACGAAAUCCUUAAAUUGGCACCAUCUUAUUGGAGGAAUAGAAAUUACCUCCGCCCAAUUUUACCAAAAAAAGUAGAAAAUAAAGAUUCAAAAACAUUACUAACAUUAAAAUUCAAGCUUUCAAAUUUACAUCAAAAGAUUGUUGAUUUAAAACAGGAAGAAGAAUGCAACAAAGAAAGCCAACACCAAGAUACAAAAAUCACAGAAAAUACAUGGAACGAAAAACCUCAGAGUAAUGAAGAUGAUGAAGAAGAGGAUCACAGAAAGAAAUAUAAUUUUAUAAACACUAAACCAGAUUAACAAGAUUUAUAUGCCAUUAAGCUUGAAGAAUUUUAUAUGUCCAUCUGGCCAUUUCGUUUGGCCAUAAGUUAUAACUC